GCACUGAUAGGUGGCACUGACUGGCAUUGAUAGGUGGCACUGAUUGGCAUUGAUAGGUGGCACUGACUGGCACUGAUAGGUGGCACUGACUGGCACUGAUGGGUGACACUGAAAGGCAGCUCAGAUGAGAACUGAUAUGUGGCAUUGAUGUGGCACUGAUGGGCACUGGCAGGUGGCAUGGAUGAGCACGUAGAGCUGGCACUGAUGGACACUGACAGGUGGCGCAGCUGGGGCUACACAGAUCAUCAGGGGACACUAAUCAUCAGUGCUCUGAUGAUCACUCGUGGGGAGAGAAAUGCUGAUAACCGGCAUUUCCCUGUUUACAUGAGAUCAUUUGUGAUUGCACACAGCUGAUCACAUGACC